AUGCCUUCUUAUCUUGUCACCGGCUCAAGCCGUGGUCUCGGCCUUGGCUUUGUUACCGAGCUACUCAAAGGAAAGGACAAUGUAGUAAUCGCAACUGCGAGAAACACGGCAGCCUCCACUGGUCUUCAAGAGCUUAAGGGCAAGCACCGAGAUGGACAGCUGCACCUCAUCGAUCUGGACGUCACCAACAUUGAGAGCAUCCAGAGAGCCGCUCAGGAGACGAGCCGUCUGUUGCCAGGAGGCUUAGACAACCUAAUCAGCAACGCAGGCUAUAGCGACAUUAAGGAGUUUAUUGACGAGGUAAACUUCAAUUUAACUGCCACUCUGCUGCUCUUGCGUGAAUUCAUUCCAUUGGUUCGCAAAAGCGUGGCCAAGAGAGUGCUCGUCAUUUCGUCGGUGUUAGGCUCAACUGAGCUUGGCGCGAGCAUGCCAAACCUGCAGAAUGCAUACUCGACUGCCAAAGCUGCUUUAAACAUGAUGGUGCGCAAGUGGAGCGCUGUCCUUAAAGACCAGGGCAUAACCACCGUUCUGCUUCAUCCAGGUUAUUCCGCUUUCACUGAGGUUGGAAACGGAAUUGAAGAAUGGAUGAAGACAUACGCCCCUAAUGUUCCCCGCCAAACCAUCGAAGAAUGUGCCGAAAGCUCCAUGAAAGUGCUCGCCGGCAUUACUCCAAAGGAUAAUGGCCUGUUUUAUAAUUACGAUGGGACAAAACUGCCCUGGUAG